UCCCGCAAAUUGGGGCAGCAACUUUCCUCGGCGGGUCUCUCGGCGCUGGGAGCAGGAGCGCGCCGGUGCCCAGCGUCCUGCGGCGCACGGAGGCAAAGGAGGAGGGGCGGUGAUGGGCUAGCGACGGAAGCCAGGAGCCCCGGGGAGCCCCGCGCCGCUCGCUCUCAUUCCCACGCCCUCGAUCUCUCUCCGUGGGGAGCGCGCGGGGGGCACACGCCGAGCCUUCCAGGGGCGAUGAGGCGGGGCCCCGGCCGGAGCCGGCUGCAUCUCGCGGGCGUGCGGCCGCGGCAGGUCACGGCAUGAAUUAGGCGGCCGGGAAGAUGGAGCGCCGAGCACUCCUCGUGCAGCCCGGGCGCUGGACCAGGGGCCCCAGCUGGGCCCUCGUCUAUUUCCUCUGCUGCGUCCUCCCGCAGACCGCCCCGCAAGUACUCCGGAUCGGAGGGAUUUUUGAAACUGUGGAAAAUGAACCUGUUAAUGUUGAAGAAUUAGCAUUCAAGUUCGCAGUUACCAGCAUUAACAGAAAUCGAACCCUGAUGCCUAACACCACAUUAACCUAUGACAUCCAGAGAAUUAACCUUUUUGAUAGUUUUGAAGCCUCACGGCGAGCGUGUGACCAGCUGGGCCUUGGUGUGGCCGCCCUCUUCGGCCCUUCCCAUAGCUCCUCGGUCAGUGCUGUGCAGUCUAUUUGCAAUGCUCUCGAAGUUCCACACAUACAAACCCGCUGGAAACACCCCGCGGUGGACAACAAAGAUUUGUUUUACAUCAACCUCUACCCAGAUUAUGCGGCUAUCAGCAAGGCAGUCCUGGAUUUGGUCCUGUACUACAACUGGAAAACAGUGACCGUGGUGUAUGAAGACAGCACAGGUCUAAUACGUCUGCAAGAGCUCAUCAAAGCUCCCUCCAGAUAUAACAUUAAAAUCAAAAUACGCCAGCUGCCCUCUGGGAAUAAAGAUGCCAAGCCUUUGCUCAAGGAGAUGAAGAAGGGCAAGGAGUUCUAUGUGAUAUUUGAUUGUUCCCAUGCAACAGCUGCUGAAAUCCUUAAGCAGAUUCUGUUUGUGGGCAUGAUGACAGAGUACUAUCACUACUUUUUCACAACCCUGGACUUAUUUGCUUUAGAUCUGGAACUCUAUAGGUACAGUGGUGUAAAUAUGACUGGGUUUCGGCUGCUUAAUAUAGACAACCCUCAUGUAUCAUCCAUCAUUGAGAAGUGGUCCAUGGAGAGAUUGCAGGCCCCUCCCAGGCCCGAGACUGGCCUUUUGGAUGGCAUGAUGACAACGGAGGCAGCUCUGAUGUAUGACGCCGUGUACAUGGUGGCCAUUGCCUCCCACCGGGCUUCCCAGCUGACUGUCAGCUCCCUACAGUGCCAUCGACACAAGCCAUGGCGCCUUGGACCCAGAUUUAUGAACCUGAUCAAAGAGGCUCAGUGGGAUGGCUUGACUGGGCGCAUCACCUUCAAUAAAACCGAUGGCUUGAGGAAAGAUUUUGAUCUGGAUAUUAUUAGUCUCAAAGAAGAAGGAACUGAAAAGGCUGCUGGCGAAGUAUCUAAACACUUAUAUAAAGUGUGGAAGAAGAUUGGGAUUUGGAACUCCAACAGUGGGCUUAACAUGACAGAUGGCAACAAAGACAGGUCCAACAAUAUCACCGAUUCACUGGCCAAUCGAACCCUCAUCGUCACCACCAUUCUGGAAGAACCCUACGUGAUGUACAGGAAAUCUGAUAAGCCCUUAUAUGGAAAUGACAGAUUUGAAGGAUAUUGUCUGGAUCUGUUGAAGGAAUUGUCAAACAUCUUGGGUUUCAUUUAUGAUGUUCAGCUCGUCCCUGAUGGUAAAUAUGGAGCCCAGAAUGACAAAGGAGAGUGGAAUGGAAUGAUCAGAGAACUUAUAGAUCACAGGGCUGAUCUGGCAGUGGCCCCUCUCACCAUCACUUACGUGCGAGAGAAAGCCAUCGACUUCUCUAAGCCCUUCAUGACCCUGGGCAUCAGCAUCCUCUACCGGAAGCCCAACGGCACCAAUCCAGGAGUCUUCUCCUUCCUCAAUCCCCUGUCUCCUGACAUUUGGAUGUAUGUGCUUUUAGCCUGCUUGGGCGUCAGUUGUGUACUCUUCGUGAUUGCAAGGUUUACACCCUACGAGUGGUAUAACCCCCACCCAUGCAACCCCGACUCAGACGUGGUGGAAAACAAUUUCACUUUACUAAACAGUUUCUGGUUUGGAGUUGGAGCUCUCAUGCAGCAAGGAUCAGAGCUGAUGCCCAAAGCUCUAUCGACCAGAAUAGUUGGAGGAAUAUGGUGGUUUUUCACCCUAAUCAUCAUUUCAUCCUACACUGCCAAUCUGGCUGCCUUCUUGACAGUAGAGAGAAUGGAAUCCCCCAUAGAUUCAGCAGAUGAUCUGGCAAAGCAAACCAAGAUAGAAUAUGGGGCUGUCAGAGAUGGAUCAACAAUGACCUUCUUCAAGAAAUCAAAGAUAUCCACCUACGAGAAGAUGUGGGCUUUCAUGAGCAGCAGGCAGCACACGGCCCUGGUGCAGAACGGGGACGAAGGGAUCCGACGAGCGCUCACCACUGACUAUGCCUUGCUGAUGGAGUCCACCAGCAUUGAAUAUGUGACACAGAGAAACUGCAACCUCACGCAGAUUGGGGGCCUCAUUGACUCCAAAGGUUAUGGAGUGGGAACGCCUAUCGGCUCUCCUUACCGGGAUAAAAUCACUAUUGCAAUUCUUCAGCUACAAGAAGAGGGGAAGCUGCAUAUGAUGAAAGAGAAGUGGUGGCGGGGAAACGGCUGCCCUGAGGAAGACAGCAAAGAGGCCAGCGCUCUGGGGGUAGAAAAUAUCGGGGGCAUCUUCAUUGUUCUGGCUGCUGGACUGGUCCUUUCUGUAUUUGUAGCCAUUGGAGAAUUUAUAUACAAAUCACGGAAGAGCAAUGAUCUUGAACAGGCUUUUUGUUUCCUUUAUGGACUGCAGUGUAAGCAAACCCAUCCAACCAACUCCACUUCCGGAACCACUUUAACUAUGGAUUUAGAAUGUGUCAAAUUAAUUCAAGAGGAAAGAGAGAUUUGGACACAGUCCUCAGUUCAUACUGUAUAAUCAGUUUUUUUUUAAAGUGUACCCAGUAGAAAUUGUUUUCUGCUAAUCAGUGUUGUUGAUGAUAUCUGUAUCUACUAAGCAUACAUAGCCAUAAUUCCCUAUCCCUUUAAGAUAAACUCAUGUAUUCUAAACAUUGAAUUCAAUGCCCUGGGAGCAGAUGUAUAUCAUGUGUUAAAAAAGAGGUAUAUUCAGGGUAUACACACUGCAAGUUACGUGUAGAUACAGGAAUUUGCUACCAUCAUGAGAAUGAUCUUAGUUCUGUCUUCAUGCAUUAAAAAUAAGCAGCUCUUUCCUCAUGGAAAAGUAGAUUCAGACUUUCAAUAGUGCAAAGCAUGAAAACGAAAAGGUAAUUUUCUGGAAUUCUUUUCAUCUUCCUUCUUCCUGUCCCAUUUGUUCUAAAGAGCCACACUUUCAAAUUACCCGAAGCCUUGUCUUUUUGUAAUAACUCCAUAACAGUGUUAAUUUUUAAUUCACAUUGAUUCCACUAUUUAAAAUGUAUUAUGUACAUGAAGUCUCAAAGAUGUCUUCAAUUUUAAAAAUUCAGAAAUGUGAACUAGAAAAUGAAAACUAAAUUCAAAAUCUCUAGUGUCACAGAUGAGCAUUUGCUAAGGUGAACAUCACUCAGGAAGGCACAAUGUAGUCAAGAAGAUCCCUGGUUAGAAAUUCAUUAACAUCACGUUCUCAAGUAAUAUCUCCUUGUAGAGCUUAACAGUCUUCUAUGGGUUCAGAUAGACUGUAGGCUCAGAGUCUCUUAAAACCUGGUUUUCUUUUUCAAGCUAUAUAUUAUUUCUUGUAAGCUCCAAGCAAAGUCCUAAGCUAGGAACUAAUGAAUAGCAUCUUCUGUUUUCACUCACCCAUCCUUCCUCUGCAUUGAUGAACGUGUUUUCACAAGAUGUUAUUUUAUUUCCUUCCCACUCACGCAGGAUAGAGUGGUUUUUCCUGUAGCAAUCUUUUCUGAGUAUCGCCACUUUCACACUAAUUCCCCUGGAUCCUUUGCCAGUAUCAGUUCAUUCCAAGUAUAUUCUGGAGAUGGGCAAGGAGGAGAAAAUAAACAGAGGGAAGUAUUUUCAUACACAUUAGCAACAGAUCUCUGUAGAUUUAUUUUCCACCUGCAUUCAAAAUGCGGUAAAUAAUUCUUACUCUAGCUCAGCUUGGUGAAAAAGAAAGCCAACUACAGACCUAAUUUUUGUGAUGGUGGAUGGCUGCUCUCUCUCUAAGUUUGUUACCUCUUCACAGUGAGAAGGGAAUUGAAGAUGCCUUUCAUCUUCCCUCAAUAUGGGAUCAGUUGGUCUUUGUUCUCCUUAAUGGGAUCACCUUUUGAAGUGAUCCCCUAAACUGUAUUUCCCAGAAGUAGAGAUACGCCAUCUCUGCAAUCAUGUAUCAUUUGCCUCUCUUUGCUUAGCUUUAAAUGAGUUCCAAUUUUUUAAUACAAGUCUCUCCAAAUCAACUCUAUAUUUCUUCAGUAAAGCAUGUUUGGGAAAGUUGACUCUUGCCCUGGAUUUGCUUC